AUGGAAGCCGCCCGCCUGCUGCCCAACUUCGCUCUGUGUCUGCAGCUACUCAUUCUCUGCUGUCAAACUCAGGGGGAGAAUCACCCGUCUCCUAAUUUUAACCAGUACGUGAGGGACCAGGGCGCCAUGACCGACCAGCUGAGCAGGCGGCAGAUCCGUGAGUACCAGCUCUACAGCCGGACCAGCGGCAAGCACGUGCAGGUCACUGGGCGUCGUAUCUCCGCCACCGCUGAGGACGGCAACAAGUUCGCCAAGCUCAUCGUGGAGACAGACACCUUUGGGAGCCGGGUGCGCAUCAAGGGGGCUGAGAGCGAGAAAUACAUCUGCAUGAACAAGAGAGGCAAGCUCAUUGGGAAGCCCAGCGGUAAAAGCAAAGACUGCGUGUUCACGGAGAUUGUGCUGGAAAACAACUAUACGGCCUUCCAGAACGCCCGGCACGAGGGCUGGUUCAUGGCCUUCACACGGCAGGGCCGGCCCCGCCAGGCCUCCCGCAGCCGCCAGAACCAGCGCGAGGCUCACUUCAUCAAGCGCCUCUACGAGGGCCAGCUGCCCUUUCCCAACCAAGUGGAGAGGCAGAAGCAGUUCGAGUUUGUGGGCUCAGCCCCCACCCGCCGGACCAAGCGCACGCGGAGGCCACAGCCCCUGACGUAG